AUUCCAUCCAUCCAGUGAGAAAUUCACCGGAGACAAUCCUAAUCCUACACAAAAGUGGUAAAGCGUUGGGUGGGGACAUAACUUUUCAUCAUAUCAUUUGAACUCCCCCAACCAGUGACGUCACUUAUCAUUCGUUUAUCCCAAGAUUCCAACUCUCAACUCUCACUCUCACUCUCGCCUCUGAAAUUCUCUAUAAACAAAAUUCACCCCAAUUCAAUUCCAAAAACCCUUCAUCAUUACACCACUCUUCACUGCACAUUUCACAUUCCCAAUGGGAAAAGGCGGAGGCUGUGUUCCCAGCAAGAAAAAACAACCACGCGUGGCCGAAGAAUCUCCGCCGCGACCCGCCCCAGAAUCCGACGAGUCAAUCCGAGAAGUACCCUUAACCGACGCAAAACUCAAAGUCUUCAUCGUCUUCUACUCCAUGUACGGCCACGUGGAAGGGUUGGCGAAGAGAUUGAAGCAAGGCGUGGACGCUGUCGAAGGUGUGGAAGGGGUUUUGUACAGAGUACCUGAGACAUUGUCGAUUGAGGUCUUGAAUCAGAUGAAAGCGCUGCCGGAAGAUGAAACUAUUCCGGUUAUAUCACCGGAGGAGCUUCCUGCUGCUGAUGGUGUUUUGUUUGGGUUUCCUACUAGGUAUGGUUCUAUGGCGGCGCAAAUGAAGGCUUUCUUUGAUUCCACUGGGAGUUUGUGGCAGGGGCAGAAGCUUGCCGGAAAACCUGCCGGAUUUUUUGUUAGUACUGGUACUCAAGGUGGCGGUCAAGAAACCACUGCUUGGACGGCAAUCACUCAGCUGGCACAUCAAGGAAUGCUGUUUGUUCCUAUUGGAUAUACAUUUGGACCUGGAAUGUUCAAUUUGGAUUCCAUCAGAGGUGGUUCUCCAUAUGGUGCAGGAGUGUUUGCGGGUGAUGGCACAAGAGAGGCAAGUGAAACAGAGCUUGCACUUGCUGAGCAUCAGGGCAAAUAUAUGGCUGCCAUAGUCAAGCGACUCGCUAAGUCCUGAUGCUAGUUUCUUGAUUUCAUUCUAUUAUUGUUGGUCAUCUGUAUGUUUUCCACCUUUCUUUGCUGUCAAACUGAUUCUGACAUUUUACCGGUGUGUUGUGACGAGGAAUGACAGUUCUGUUGCACUCUAUCAGUGUCAAUUUUGAUGGGGAUAGGAAUCCCAUGUUGUUAUAAGGUUCUGCUUUGUUCUGGAAGUUGUACAUGUUUCUAAAUUAUCAAAUCGUAGUGUGAAUCUGUUUAUCUUCA